AAGAGACCAGUCAACCACCAAGAAACUCUCGUGCUCAAGGAAAUCAAGAUGAGCGACCAGUCCGAAUCUUCGCACGAGCGCUCUGUGUUUAACAAUCUCCGUCUGGAGGGACAAUUUUGCGACGUGGUCAUCAAAGUGGAGGAUGUGGAAUUUGAAAUCCACAGGGUCAUCCUGUGUAAAUGCAGCCCCUACUUCAUUGCUCUCUUCCAACGCUGGUCGAGUCCAGACAAAAAGGUAUUCGCCAUACCGGGAAUGUCUCCCGACAUGAUGCGGCUCAUCAUUGAGUUUGCGUACACCGGCUCCGUUUCGGUGACGGCAGAAAACGUGCAGGAGCUACUGCUGGCGGCUGAUCAGCUUAGCGUGAUGGACGUCGUGCAGACUUGCUGCGACUUCCUCGGGGAGCAGCUCUGCGCGGAGAACUGCAUCGGCAUCUUUCGCUUUACUGACGUCGUCUUCUCCGCCGAACUGCAGCACAGGGCCUACCGCUACAUGGUCGAUCACUUCGAGGAGGUCGCUCACCACGAAGAGUUCCUGCAUCUGCCCCUGCAGCAACUCAUCGACAUCCUCGACAGAGACGACCUCUAUGUGAGAAAUGAGAGCGUCGCCUUCGAGGCCGUCCUUCGCUGGAUCGACCACGUACCCGAAGAACGGAAAGCACACGUGGCAGUGCUCUUGUCUAAGGUGCGACUGGCCUUGACGACUAUGAGCUACAUGCAGCUCAAAGUUUUGUCCAAUGAGCUGGUGAAUACCAACACUCAGUGCCUGAAAAUGGUCCAGGAUGCCCUUGAAGCCAUAAGUUACAUCAGGACAAGCAGGCCCUCUGUUGCUCAUCUCAGCAACCCUCUCGCCCGCCCUCGCCUGCCGAAUGCCAUCCUGUUGGCCAUCGGCGGCUGGAGCGACAACAAUCCAACCAACGACAUCGAGGCGUACAGCAUCGAGGCGUACAGCAUUGAGGCGUACGACAUCCGCGCCGACUACUGGAUUAACGUGACAAACAAUUGCGAGGGGCCCCGCGCCUACCAGGGCACCGCCGUCCUCAACGGGAGCCUCUACUGCAUCGGUGGCUUCGACCGGGCGGAGUAUUUCAACAGCGUGCGCCGGUUCGACCUGAGCACACACAUCUGGCACGAGGUGGCCUUCAUGUGCCACCGCCGCUGCUACGUGAGCGUCACCGUGCUGGGCGAAUGCAUCUAUGCCUUGGGAGGCUUUGAUGGGCGCACGCAGCUCAGCACCGCCGAGCGCUACAGGCCCGAGGCCAACCAGUGGAGUCUCAUUGCGCCGAUGCAAGAGCCCCGGAGUGACGCUAGCUGCACUACGCUGCACAACAAGGUGUACAUUUGUGGGGGGUUCAAUGGAAUCGAGUGCUUGCAAACGGCUGAAUGUUACAACCCGGAGUCCAACCAGUGGACAAUGAUCGGCCCCAUGAACAGCCGGCGCAGCGGAUUUGGCAUUGUUGCAUAUGCAGGUCGUGUCUAUGCAGUUGGCGGUUUCGAUGGCAACAACCGUCUGUGCAGCGCAGAGGCAUACAACCCUGUGAACAACAGCUGGCAUGAAGUGUCGCCCAUGUUGACUCCCCACACCCACUUUGGAAUCGAAGUGCUCGACGAUCGGCUCUUUGUUGUUGGGGGCUUCAACGGCUUCACCACCUUCGACAAUGUCAAGUGCUACGACGCGACGACUGAUGAGUGGACAGAGGCUCGUGACAUGGAUAUUAACCGCCGUGCCUUGAGCUGCUGCGUGGUGUCCGGGCUCCCUAACAUGGCCGAGUACGUUGUCCCCCGGGACACCCUGCCGUUUUUAAACGAGGAUGCAAACUCGGAUGAACACUCCUGAACUGUGCCCUGUGCCAUCAUCCACCCAGUUUUAAGACUCAAACCUACAAAAGAGAAAUACAAUUUAUUUGUGCAU